CUGACAAGCCCGAAAGUCAUUUCCAACCUCAAGUGGACUUUGUUCCAACUAUUGGGGGCGUCGCUCCCCCUCUUCAUGGUCGCGGGCAAACUUCCACCUCGGCGCUGCUUCUAAUGGAGCCCCACCUGCUCGGGUUGCUCGUCGGCCUCCUGCUCGGUGGCACCAGGGUCCUCGCCGGCUACCCAAUUUGGUGGUCCCUGGCCCUGGGCCAGCAGUACACAUCUUUGGGCUCACAGCCCCUGCUCUGCGGCUCCAUCCCAGGCCUGGUCCCCAAGCAACUGCGCUUCUGCCGAAAUUACAUCGAGAUCAUGCCCAGUGUGGCCGAGGGCGUGAAGCUGGGCAUCCAGGAGUGCCAGCACCAGUUCCGGGGCCGCCGCUGGAACUGCACCACCAUAGAUGAUAGCUUGGCCAUCUUUGGGCCCGUCCUGGACAAAGCCACCCGCGAGUCAGCCUUCGUGCAUGCCAUCGCCUCUGCCGGUGUGGCCUUCGCGGUCACGCGCUCCUGUGCGGAGGGAACCUCCACGAUCUGCGGCUGCGAUUCGCACCACAAGGGACCACCCGGUGAAGGCUGGAAGUGGGGAGGCUGCAGUGAGGACGCGGACUUCGGGGUGCUGGUGUCCCGGGAGUUUGCUGAUGCGCGGGAGAACAGGCCAGAUGCGCGCUCCGCCAUGAACAAGCACAACAACGAGGCAGGACGUACGACCAUCCUGGACCACAUGCACCUCAAGUGUAAGUGCCAUGGGCUGUCUGGCAGCUGCGAGGUGAAGACUUGCUGGUGGGCCCAGCCUGACUUCCGCGCCAUUGGCGACUUCCUUAAGGACAAGUAUGACAGCGCCUCGGAGAUGGUGGUGGAGAAGCACCGGGAGUCCCGAGGAUGGGUGGAGACACUCCGGGCCAAGUAUGCACUCUUCAAGCCUCCCACUGAAAGGGACCUGGUCUACUAUGAGAACUCUCCCAACUUCUGUGAGCCCAACCCAGAGACAGGCUCCUUUGGCACCAGGGACCGGACUUGCAAUGUCACCUCCCAUGGCAUCGAUGGCUGUGAUCUGCUUUGUUGUGGCCGUGGCCACAACACGAGGACGGAGAAGCGGAAGGAGAAAUGCCACUGCAUCUUUCACUGGUGCUGCUAUGUCAGCUGCCAGGAGUGCAUCCGUAUCUACGAUGUGCAUACCUGCAAGUAGGGAGCCAGGGCACUGGGAAGGGGUAAAGUGUGCAGCUGGGCGGAUUCACCGAAGUCCCAUGGGAAGCAGGACCUAGAGCUGGGCCAGCCCUUGGCACCAGCCAGCGAGGAGCACGGACUGUUGCCAGCUGCAUGUGGUAAAUGACCUGGACCCAGGCGGCCUCUGCCAGGAGGUGCUCCUCCUCUUUCAUCCUGUUUCUCACCCUGCUCUGGAUGGUGUGUGGCUUUUAAAGAGGGGCUUUCUUUUUAGUUCUCCAGAGUCUGUUAGGACAGACCUGAAGCUUACCUUUGCACAUGUUAAAGAAAAUAAAAAUUAAAAAAAAAAAUCUACUCCAACAGAACAGGCUGGGCUAAUGUGAGCUCUUGGCCUGGCCUAAGACACGAGCGCGGGUAAGUCUGUCUCCAAGCUGCUUCUGCCAGUGUCAUUCCAACAUGCCUCUGAGGUGGGAGUUGUAAAGCAGGACAAAGCCCCACAUCUCCUUUUCUCCCUCUAUUCCCAUUCAGACUGGAUACACAUUCC